AUGCCGUCGAGCGAUGCGAACAUCGCGGCGUCAUGCUCGAGCACGGAGAAAGUGAACAGCGGGAACAAUGGAAGACGAAUGGUCAGGCCUCGACCUAAACGCAACGAGGCUAUUUACGGAGCGACGGAUGCUGCGUUUCAUUCAGCUAAGACUAAAAUACAACACGCGUCUAAAUUUAUGAAACGCGCGACGAGAAUUGAUUAUAGUAGGUGCGAG